AUGACAGAAGUAAUUUCUGAGUAAAGGAGGUUCCUUGUUUGGAGAUUUUCAUGAGGCAUAGAGGUUGCCCCAUACUAGCACUCAAGAUAAUGCCAAUGCAAGAAUGCUAGCUAUAAGUAUAAAUCAUGCAAAUUUGGGUAUACCGGUAUGCACGAGUCGAUGAUGGCUCGAUACCGACUGAAAAUAUGUAGUGAACAACCCCACAAAAAAUUCCACAAAACCUAGCAAGACUAGCAGUUAAUAUUUGUGAAGGAUACAAUACAGCUUGUUUAUACUGUAUAUAAUCCAGUAACUUCUCUUUAGCAGAGUAGCGAGCGAAACCAGAGUAGCGAGCGAAACAUGAUUGAUAUACCUGGUUGCAGUGAACUAACAAACUUUAAAAAAAUUAUUGGUCAUAUGAGCUGCUGUUUCAAACUGGCGCUAAAAACAAAAGCCAAUGCCUGAAACUAAAAAUAAUGAAGUUUUGCAUCCACAAGUGGAGAACAACGGCAUGAUUUUGACUCGAAAACAUGAAAUAUUUGUUCAAAAACGGGGGCGAAAACUGGCGAAGGUCUUUGUCGGAUGCUCAGGAUCGCGGUUGGUCAGUGGUAAUUGCCAUGAGCCGGAGGAACCAUAUGGCGUCAGCAAACGUAAAAAUCUGCCAUGUUUUUGGCGACACUUUUUUGACUGACGAGUAAUUUAGUAAAGCUCAGUAGUUGCAACCAGCGAGCGAGCACCAGCGAGCGAGCUGGGAGCAUCCUAAUCUCAGACUAUGGGAGAUUUUCGCUGGAUUGUGAAAAUUCAGCAAAAAAUUGUUUUCAACACCCUUUGCGGGCUCAUUUUACCCGUAUAUGGAACUCGUGACUAUAUAUGGCGUACCACAUGGAAAAUUUUGCCUUCGUACUGUAGUUCAUGCUGAUCCUGCUGUUUCGUGCACCCUCGAAAAAAACAAAAUAAAUUCUGAUUUAUCGAAAAUUGUUGUCUAACUACUGUAGUUUAAAAAAAAUUUGUUUAGCAGUUCAAUUAGCACUUAACAGUUACAUUGAGUUAUUUGUUAUCUAUGACCGUUUGCUGAGUUAUAGUUGCACUAGCUGUUUAGACUUUUAGUAGUUAUUUGUUAUUUGUGACCCUUUGUUGAUGUUGUAAUCUAUUUCGGUCUGACCUUGUCGCUAUUCAAAAUGAUAUUUUUUGCACCGAAAUAAAGUUGAUAUAACAUAAUAGAAUUGUAUUGUUACUUGUAAUACUUGUCCAUGCCAUUUAUCAACGCGUUGUAUAUACAGUAUCAGUGUAUAUACUUAUUAUACUUGUUGUGACACAUCAAGAAAAGGAGGAAUUUUAUAUCGUUGUGGAGUGUGGUGCAAUAUACAUUGGUUGCACUUUUAACCUGUGGUUACUCCUAGUUUGUAAAUUAUAAUUUCGUAGAGAAUAUUUAUUGAUUUAACGAAAGAUUUUCAAGACAUACGUUCCUUCAAUGAUCCAUUGGAUACAUGCAUGCUCAAAUAUUUUAAAGAGAAAACGUCAAAAACUCAGGUAUACAUAAGAAAUUAAAAUUGUAUUCGCUUAUUUAAUAUUCAGCAAGUUUUAAUAAAGUUUAUACUGAACUUAGUGGGUUCUUUAACUUUCGGUAUAAUAUAUCAUUUAGACCCUCCGCUCGGGGGUUUCGUCGAAAUAUUACCCUCUAAAUCUGUGAUGACCAUCACUUCGGGUAAUACUCCGCCGAAUCCCCCUCGCUCUGGGUCUAUAAAUGAUAAAUAGCCCAUUUUAGCAACCUUUGAAAAUUUUAUGCUUAUAUCAAAUUCACUCUUCAGGGCAGGGUAGGUUACAACACUGUAACUUGUUGCUGCCUUGUCGAACAAGAGAAUUGCUACAUUACAGAAAGGUCAGAAAGGUUUGUUUACAGCCAGUGGCGAAGCCAAGGGCUCUGCCCCCCCCCCCCUCCCCCAAUAGGCAAAAGAACUGCCCCUGUGAAAAGUUGAAAUCCUGAAAGAUGUGUGAAUAAUGAUUCCCAUUUCUUCUGUGUACCAAUAAAGUUGUAGUCUAUCUAGAAUUCAGUAAAAAAUGCCUAUGGUGGCUGAAAGCACAUUUGAACUUGAAUUUACGUGCAUAGCAGCAGUCAAAGUUCAAAGUUAUUCUUUUUAUUACAUAAUUCCACUUCAAAAACCAAGACAUCGUGCUAUUUUUGUGUGUCACAGUAUAAUGUUUUAGUACAAAAAUAUUUUUUCCAUCUGACAACAUUAGGCGACUUAAAAAUGGAUUUUGUGGUUGUAACUUUUCUUCAAACCUCGUCCUACAAUACGUGAAAGCAUUCCAAUGAAUCUAACAAUUACCGUGAAGGCAUUCCGAUGAAACUAACCACCUAGGUUCCUCGUGUUCGCAUUCCAAAUGCCAUACAAAUCCCCCCCCCCCCAAGUUUAGACCCUUGCUACGCCACUGUUUACAGUGCAUGCAGAUAGACUGAUGCCGAAUCAAAUUUUGCAGCCAUUUUUCUUGGUCUAGCAAGUGUCGGAAGAUUUAGGACGGAAGGAACGAGGUUUUUAGAAAAUUAAUUUUACAGUGUAAGAAGCGCUUCAUUCUGGUUAGCUUUAAUUCUUGACUAUGACCUCAUUCACUCACCUGAAUUACAAAAGCAGACAACCUGACCAAUUUUCCUACGAUUUAAAUAUAAAAUAAGCAUCUUAUGUUAUCCGGCUCCCGGUUUAAUUGUUGCUGUUAACAGCAUAUCAUUAUCCUCGGAGUAGUUACGACGAGAUACUAGAUUAAGAAAAAGUAAACUCCUGAUUAAUGUUUGUCCUUUGGGCUUUAAAAUUGACUAAUUAUAAUAAAAAAAUUUACUGGACAUUUCCAACAUGAUUUUAGUCAGCCAGCAUGUCUAUAACCGAAAUACAUCUUCUAUUGUUUUAAGUGUGCAACAGCGUCUGUUAAGAAUAGCAAGAAAUGUUCUCAAUGUGGGAAUACAGUGACAGAAGACAAUGAAAUAUAUAAGGAAUAUUUAGAGACGUUGGAUUUCCUUUUUCCACCAGAAGAGGAGGUUGAUGAGAGUGCCUAUCAGGCAGAAUGUGCAGCUAUUGGCUCGGGUAAAAUUUAUGUGACAACGAUUUCUGGGGAGUCUGUAACUCUUUCGUAUUACCCCCUUAAGAAGAUUUUCGACAUCAAGAAAGAAGUGGAAAAUGGGCUCAGAACACCUCCUGAAAAACAACGUCUACUAUACCGAAACAAAGAAUUGAAGGUAAUGUUACAUGCAGGCAAUCCAGAGGGCUAUCUCUCCCUGCAAUUCUGUAAUAUCAAUAAAAUCACAUGCUUGUUUCAACCGUAACCACUGAACCGACACAGAAACACAAUUACACUUGCAUACACCAUAAUUACGAAUCGUGAGUCGUUUAGAAGUAUUGUUUUAUCGUACUAUAUAAUGUAUAGGUAAAUAAGUAAUAUGAAUGUUAUGUAUAUUAGCGGUGCUAACGAAUGUUAUUUAUAUUCUACGACUAAGGACAUAUGCCCACUUCAAAAACAAUGAUUGACAAAAAAUGUAUACAAAAAAACUGUUCCAUUAGAACAUAGCCUAUCGAAGGGAAGAAGACUGUGAAACUCAUUAGAAUAACAAUAUAACUCAUCUGUGUUAGUCAACGUUUAUUCAUAAAGGUGGCCGGACAUUUUGCCGAAAGACACUUAGCCGAAAGACAUUUUUGCCUAAUCAAACGGUCAUUUAAUUUGCCGACUGGAGUCAGACGGACGUUUUGCCGAACGGACGUUUUGCCGAACGGACGUUUUGCCGAACGGACAUUUUGCCAAACGGACAGUUUGACAAACGGACAACUUGCUGAAAAUAGAGAUAUCUUCUGAACUUUAAAGAUUCGCUUACACGGUCAAAGUUUCUGUGAUUAAAGUCGUUCAUUUGUCGAUUUUGAUGACAGAAAUUCCAUGAUUCUCGAAGUAGUGAAAUCUGCUUACGUCGUUGUCUUUAUAUACACUUGUUUGUUUACGACCUGACGUCAAAACACAUUCCUAACAAAUAGUCAUCCGCUGCACAAACAAGCUACCAAUAGUCAACAUGGUUAUGCACUGCUAAUGACCAUAUAAUGGUUAUUUUACACAAUGGUUGAGAAUUACACACAUUUUGACGAAAUAACAUCGUUUUUUUCUGCAAAUUGUCCGUUCGGCAAACUGUCCGUUCGGCAAAACGUCCGUUCGGCAAAACGUCCGUUUGCCAAAACGUCCGUCGGCAAAAUGUCUGUUCGCAAAAUGUCUUUCGGCAAAAUGUCUUUAGGCAAAGUGUCUUUCGGCAAAAUGUCCGGGUACCUUCAUAAAUAUGGUCCUUCGCCGUCACGUGUGUAUUGUAUUUUUGCCAAAUCCACCAAUACCAAUUUCCAAUUUACCCAUUGUUCGAGUCACGGAUUGGUAACUUUCCUAAAACAUUGCUAUUGGUUAGUUGGGCAAAAAUACAAUACGCACGACGGCACGUGACGGUGAAGGACCAUAUUUAUUAUUUAUGAAUAAACGUUGACUAACAUAGAUAAUGAGUUAUAUUGUUAUUCUAAUGAGUUUCAUAGUCAUCUUCCUUUCGAUAAGCUACGAUUGGAAUGACACCAAGUACUUUUAAAGAGCAAUAUCAAAACCAUGUUAAAUCUUUUCAAAGCAAAACAUACUGAAAGAAACCCUGAACUUUCGAAAUAUAUUUGGAAAAGACUUAAAUAUUAUAUAAGUUUCUUAGUACUAAAAUCUAAAAAGGUUAUAGGUUACUUUGUAUUAUGAGUAUUAUAUAUGAAAGUCCAUUUAUAUUAAAGUAAAGAUCGUCGUGUAAACACAAAACAACGUUCAAAUAAACAAGCUGAAGAGAAAAAAAGAAAAAUGCAUGGAUUGUUUUAACUCCCGAUACCACAUCUUUCACCACAACCAUUCAAGAGAACCACACUAAUUGAAAUUUCACACUGAGUCACCUGAAGAUCCUAACGCUAGAUGAAACCACUGGUUAUAUAACGAAGAUUAUAGUGUAGAUUCGCCGCUCAAAGUAUUCGCUACUAACAGAAAUUUCACCUUGAGUACUUAGAAUUAGGAUGAGCUUCAGAUCAUAUACCAGACUCUAGCCGAAGUGUGUUUAACUAUCAAGUGUUGAUGAUGAUCAAUAUGGUGAAUUUAUAUUCAUUUGGAUGUUUUUAAUUCGAAAUUUCAGGUAAGAAAUGAAGAUCGUAAAAUGCUUACGCUGAAAGACCACAAUGUUCCACCAGAAAGCAAAUUGCACCUCAUCAUCGUGCUGUGUGCUGUACCAGACGAGUUGGAGAAGGCUGUUUUUGAUUUCUAUUGGGGAUUACCACAUGGACGAUCUAGAGACUUCUUAGACGUUUCAGUGUUCGUUUACAGUGGCACAUCGAAUCUUGGUGUCAUUUACUACAGAAAUCGGCGUCUCGACUUCUGCCCAGGCGUUGAACACUCAGGCCCUGCUGAUAUGUAUUAUAUUCGACGAGAAGGUCGUCAUCAGGUCAACGUAAACCUCAGAACUGUUCCACAUCAUGUUGACAAGCUGGUGUUUACGCUAAGUGCUUGGGCUUCAGCUAAUAUUUCAGAAUAUCCUUACUACAGGCUUGAUUUUCAUGAUGUCAACUUUCCUGACCAGCAAUUAUGCAGUGAUCAAGUCGAUGUCCAUCAUAGAGCUUACAAAUCCAUGAUUAUGUGCUGUUUGUCGAAAAAGAAUGGAAGAUGGGAAGUCAUAGAUAUGAAAAAGGGUUCCGACGGAUUUACAAGAAAUUAUUAUCCUUUAAAACGAGAAAUUGAGGCACUGAUACGAAACGGCUUACUUUAA